AUGUGCCUCUGGGCACCCUGGGUGUAUAUGGGCGAUUUGGAGUCAAUGACCAUGUCGGAGCUCCUCGCCUUGGAUGCCGACGCUUUCUGUGCCACCUUGUCGCAGAAUUGGGACACGCAGCAGGCCGCCAGCAUGUAUGCCAAACGCUUCCUGGCUGCCAUGCAUAAGCAGAAAUUGCUGACCGACAUUUUUGUGGACUACGACCACGACCUGGACUCCGAAGAAAGCGAGGUGGAGCAACCCCUGGUGGACUUAUCCCUGCUUCCUUUCCUACCAGCGUCCUGGAAACGGUUUUGUCUCCAGUUUUUGAGGAGAAAGCGUCCCAGCACACGGCAGAUCGCUCCCGAAGGGAGGGCCGUGAAGGGCAGAGCUCGACCCUGA